CCUCAAUAACGGAGCGGAGCGUAGUGGAGGAGGUUGCUCCUCAAGUCUCGUUUCCGCAUUCAGUCUUUAAACCACCAGACAGAAAGCAUCGUCGUAAUGCAGAAUAUAUCUUUAGAAGAAAAACACGCCUGUGCCAAAGAAUGAAAGAAGUUGAGUGGUGUCCCAUAUGAGGCCUGUGUGGAGCUUGUGUGUAGCCCCCAACUUCCCACCAGUAGCUGUAAGCAUGACCUGUGGUAUGAGCCUGUGACCCCCAGCAGACGUGAUGCGUGCGUGGGGGUGGGGGGGUUCCUGGCGCUGGGUGAUAGUGAUCCUCCUGGCCUGGGGAACCCUGCUCUUCUACAUUGGGGGUCACCUGGUCAGGGACAGCGAGCAUCCGGAACGUUCCAGCAGAGAACUGGCGAAGAUCCUCGCCAAGCUGGAACGCCUCAAACUGCAGAACGAGGACCUACGACGCAUGGCCCAGACGCUCAGGCUGCCUGAGGGCCAGGCAGAGCUGGGUGUGGUUGAUGCUGGGAAGUUGCGCCACCUAGAGGAGCAGCUGAUCAGAGCCAAGGAGCAGAUCAACUCUUACCGUAGUCUCCCUGGAGACGGGCCAGGCAGGAACCAGGAAGAGUUGAGGAGGAAGGUGGAGACGGGAGUGAAGGAGCUCUGGUACUUUGUCCGCAGUGAGGUCAAAAAGCUGGGUUCCAUGGAAUCGUCCGCCCUGCAGAAACACACCGACACAUUACUACAAGACCUGGGACACCAGCAGAGGUCCAUCAUGACAGACCUGCACUACCUGAGCCAGGCUGACGGGGCAGGAGACUGGAGGGAGAAGGAAGCCAAGGACCUGUCUGACCUGGUGCAGAAUAGAAUCAGCUACUUGCAGAACCCCGCAGACUGCAGCAAAGCCAAGAAGCUGGUGUGCAACAUCAACAAGGGGUGUGGCUACGGCUGCCAGCUGCACCAUGUGGUCUACUGCUUCAUGAUCGCCUACGGCACCCAGCGCACCCUCAUCCUGGAGUCCCAGAACUGGCGCUACGCCACGGGGGGCUGGGAGACUGUGUUCCUGCCGCUCAGCAAGACCUGCUCUGACCGCACGGGAGCGUCCACGGGGCACUGGGCAGGGGAGACGAACGAUCAUGACGUCCAAGUGGUGGAGCUGCCCAUAGUGGACAGCUUGCACCCCCGGCCCCCCUACCUGCCCCUGGCCAUCCCCCAGGACCUGGCCCCCCGGUUGCAUCGCCUCCACGGCGACCCCUCUGUCUGGUGGGUGUCUCAGUUCGUCAAGUACCUUGUCCGGCCUCAGGCCUGGCUGGAGAAGGAGAUCCGGGAGACGACCGCCAAGCUGGGCUUCUCACACCCCAUCAUAGGGGUGCAUGUGCGGAGGACUGACAAGGUGGGCACAGAGGCAGCGUUUCACCCCAUAGAGGAGUACAUGGGCCAUGUGGAAGAGCAUUACCAGAUCCUGGCUAGACGCAUGCGGGUCGACAAGAAACGUGUCUAUCUGGCCACAGACGACCCGUCUCUACUACAGGAAGCUAAGUCCAAGUACCCAGACUAUGAAUUCAUCAGCGAUAACUCCAUCUCGUGGUCGGCGGGGCUGCAUAACCGCUACACUGAGAACUCCCUCCGAGGGGUCAUCCUCGACAUCCACUUCCUGUCCCAAACCAACUUUCUGGUCUGCACCUUCUCCUCUCAGGUGUGCCGGGUGGCCUAUGAGAUCAUGCAGACGUUGCACCCCGAUGCCUCCUCCCUCUUCCACUCCCUGGAUGACAUCUACUACUUCGGAGGGCAGAACGCCCACAACCAGGAGGCCAUCUACGCCCACGAGCCCCGCGGCACCGAGGACCUGGCGCUGGCUCCAGGGGACCUGAUCGGGGUGGCCGGGAACCACUGGGACGGCAACUCAAAGGGUGUUCACCGGCGGACCGGCCGCACGGGGCUGUACCCGUCCUAUAAGGUGAAGGAGAGGGUAGAGACCAUCAAGUACCCCACCUACCCCGAGGCGGACAAACUGCUCAAGGAGUAGACGGACGGACCCGGAGGAGUACACUGUGUUUGUGUGUGCGCGUGAGAGAGAGUUUGUGUGUGUGUGUGUGUGCAUUUGUGUGUGUGUGUGUGCAUUUGUGUGUGUGUGUGUGUGUGUGUGUGUGUGUGUGUGUGUGUGUGCGUGUGUGCGUGCGUGUGCUGGGGACAUUUGCAGUACUGUGGUGAGAUGCUCUCCCUUUGAACAGGGAACAAAAGAAGGACUAAAAGAAUGCACUCCGGGAGGAAGAAGGGAUGAAGGCAACUACAGCUCUUUAUUUAAAUACCUGAGGACCUCUCGUCCUCUAGGCUCACGCUGACUAAGAAACUUAAGAACGUUGUAAACUACAGCACUCUAAACCAACAACCUCUCCUCUAUUUUCCUUUCCUCUCUCCAUUCUGGGGAUGUUGUGUCAACCUUUGUCUUGGAGCCAAAUACUGUAUCUCUGCUCUCCUCCCUACAGCCAACUUCUACAUCUCUUCUUUCUCUGCUAUUCAUUUCCAGUGCCACAUCGUGCUUUUGAAGAAGUUAUUUUACAUCUUUUAAAAUUUGUUUUCUGUGUGUCUGAGGACGUGCAUGUGCAUGUGUGGUAGGGUGUGUGCCUAUAAUUAUGACUCCAAAUAUGGUGCCUAUAAGGGUAAAAGGUGUGUGUGUGUGUGUGUGUGUCUGUGUGUAUAGACCUGCCUUUUCACAAUACUGACCACUUCUGAGUCCUGACUCGUCUGCUCUUAGUCAGUCCAUAUUGUCUCUUUCCUGAUCUUAUUUCAAUGUUGUUGAGUUAUUAAAAAAAAAGAACAUUUUAAAACAAUCAUGAUGAAUAUGAAUUAAUUAUAAACCUGACACUGAUUAAAAAUCAUGAUUGGCCCCCAGAUUUCUGUCUACCAUGAAGAAGAGAUUUUCUUAUUUUAUGUUUCUGGGCAUUGUCUUUGAUGAAGCAGAUCAAUAAAGUGAUCAGCAACUGAG